AUGGCUGCUGUGUCUCCGCUGCUGCUGCUGCUGUCGCCGCCACACAGUGACGUCUCCGGUGUCGAUCCCAUCGAUCAGGACGAGUUCGUUUUCUGGAGAUACCGAAAGAGCCCCGAGGGAGAAGUUGCAGUUGGGCCGCGCCUUGAUUUGGGACAAGCGCGUGAGCCGCUCGGAUCCGAUGCAGAUGAAACUAGCGGCGCGACGCAAUCGGCCGCUUGUCUCAGUAUCACUGGAUCGGAGUCGUGUAGGGUACCCAUAGCCCAGCCAUGGUCGAGGCAGAGUGCGCGGCUGAGAGCGGGUGACUGA